CUGAAACUGAAAGUAAAAAGUCCGGCAGUCUACUUGUCUCCUAACAGAAUGAUAGAGAGAUCUUUAAUUGUGUAAGCUACCCACUAGGAUGAGUGUCUCUGGAGAAGAUGGUCUCAAGAAGGACUCUGGUUCUCACCAGAUACAAACAUCAGAAUCUCCGUCAGCCAGCCAUGUGUCUGUGAAGAAUGACUCAUCAAUGACUGUUACUGAUGCACCAAACUUCAGUGCUCUAAAACUUCUGGGUCCAGCACCAGAAACACACAGACCCGUGUCUCCAGUGCCCAGCUGUGUGUCUCUGAAGAGUGACAAGUCCAUAGUUGGUCCCCCCAACUUCAGCUGUGGACCAGCACUCCCUGAUUCAAGACCAGAAACACACAGACCCGUGUCUCCAGUGCCUAGCUGUGUGUCUCUGAAGAGUGACAGGUCCAUAGUUGGUCCCCCCAACUUCAGCUGUGGACCAGCACUCCCUGAUUCAAGUGGGUCAGUCCAUCAGUCCAGGUGUGGGGUGUGUGAGAAGGUGCUAAGUGACCUUGUUGUCACUACCUGUGGACACAGCAUCUGUAGGCAAUGCAUCCACAGUCACGGAAACCAGCCUAGACUCCCAGCAGACUAUGCAUGUCUCCAGUGUGGAAAAAAGUCCAGAGUAGAACUACCGUUGCAGUGUUUUGUGGACGAACACCCAGCCAUGGAAGAUGGUGGUGCUGAUGAUGACAUGAAGAGGAUUUUACUAAAUCACAAAGACAAUCUCAAGAGGAGAUAUGAGUGUAUAAGUGAGGGUGUCAUCAAAUCAGGGACUAAAACACUUCUCAACAAAAUCUACACAGAGCUUUUUGUUACAGAAGGAGAGAGUGAAGGGGUGAAUAACGAACAUGAGGUUUGGCAGGUAGAAAUAACAUCCAAAGAACAAACAGCAGAUAUAAAGAUCAGUUGCAAUGACAUUUUCAAGCCCUCAUUUGGACAAGAAAAGCACAUCAAAGUUAUGAUGACCAAAGGAAUUGCUGGCAUUGGAAAAACAGUCUCAGUGCAGAAGUUUAUACUUGACUGGUCAGAAGGAGUAGCUAAUCAUGACAUAGAUCUCAUAUUUGCACUUCCUUUUCGUGAACUAAAUUUAGUCAAGGAUAAACAGUAUAGUCUUCAUGAACUUCUGCUUGACUUCUAUCCAGAGCUUAAUGAGCUAAAGGGUAGAGAAGACUACACAAACUGCCAGGUUGUAUUCAUCUUUGAUGGUUUGGAUGAGAGUCGACUUGAUCUGAAUUUUCAACAAAACUUGAAGUUGUCACAUGUAAAACAAACAUCAUCAGUGGACGUGCUGAUGACAAGCCUGAUUGGGGGAACUCUGCUUCCCUCUGCACUCAUCUGGAUAACCUCAAGACCAGCAGCAACUAGUCGAAUUCCUGCUCAGUGCAUCGACCAGGUUACAGAAGUUAGGGGGUUCAGUGACCCACAGAAAGAAGAAUACUUCAAGAAAAGAGUCAGUGAUGAGAGUGAAGCCAACAACAUCAUCUCACAAAUUAAGACAACCAGAAGUCUCCACAUCAUGUGCCAUAUUCCAGUCUUCUGUUGGAUUGCAGCAACUGUACUGCAACAGAUGUUGCAACAAGAUGAUAGCAAGAAAAUCCCCAAAACUCUGACUGAGAUGUUCGUACACUUCUUGCUCAUCCAGACAUCCACAACAAAUCAGAAAUAUCAAAAAGGAAUUGCGAGGGAUGGGCAGACACAGAAAUUGCCGAAAGAGAUCAUACUGAAGCUGGCUGAGCUGGCUUUCAAGCAACUGGAGGAAGGCAACCUUAUGUUUUAUGAGGAAGACCUGUGGAGCUGUGGUAUUGAUGUCAACGAAGCCUCAGUAUACUCAGGUAUGUGCACUGAGAUCUUCAAAGAAGAAUCUGUGUUUCAACAGAGGAAGAUCUAUUGCUUUGUUCACCUGAGCAUCCAAGAGUUUCUGGCGGCUCUGUAUGUGUUUCACUCCUACACGAUCAGAAAGCUGGAUGCAUCUGCAUCCUUCCUUAAGCACCGAGACUGGUCUGGAUCCUGCCCAUUACACGUGUUGCUGAAGAGUGCAGUGGAUGAGGCUUUGAAGAGCAAGAAUGGACAUCUGGACCUUUUCCUUCGCUUCCUUAUGGGCAUCUCACUAGAAAGCAACCAGAACGUCUUGAAAGACCUACUCAGCAACACGUACAGCAGCUCGGAGAGCAUCAAGAAAACAUGUCAGUACAUUAAGGUGCUUAAGAGGAAGGAUCUCUCUCCUGAAAGAUGCAUCAAUCUUUUCCACUGCUUAUUUGAAAUGAAGGAUCAUUCCAUGCACGAUGAAGUUCAAGAAUAUUUGAAAUCACCAACGGAUUUCAAAGACGAACUAUCUCCAGCCCACUGCUCAGCAUUGGCUCAUGUGCUCCUGAUGUCUGAGGAAGUGCUGGAUGAGUUUGACCUCAAGAAGUACAAUGCGUCAGACGAGGGGCGUAAGAGACUGGUCCCAGCUGUGAGGUGCUGCAGGAGUGUACAGCUCGCUGGCUGCAGACUUACACAAAUGUCCUGUGAAAUCGUGGCCUCAGCUCUGCAAACAACAAACUCCCCCCUGAGAGAACUGAAUCUGUGCUACAAUGAUCUCCAGAAGUCUUCAGAAAAGAUUUUGUCUGGUCUGCUGAGUGCACAUUGUAAACUGGAAACACUGAAACUCGCUGGCUGUGUACUCAGCUACAAGUCCUGUGGAAUUCUGGCAUCAGUUCUACAGUCUGAAAACUGCCUUCUGACAAAGCUGGACCUCAGUAACAAUGACCUGCAGGAUUCUGGAGUUCAGCUACUCAGUAAAGGACUACGCAGCCCCAACUGUAAACUACAGAUAUUAAGACUCGCUGGCUGUGAACUCAGUUACAAGUCCUGUGAAAUUCUGGCAGCAGUUCUACAGUCUGAAAACUGCCUCCUGACAGAGCUGGACCUCAGUAACAAUGACCUGCAGGAUUCUGGAGUUCAGCUACUCAGUAAAGGACUACGCAGUCCCUACUGUAAACUACAGAUAUUAAGGCUCUCUGGUUGUCUUAUCUCAGAGGAAGGUUGUGGUUAUUUGGCUUCAUCACUCAACUCAAAUUACUCCUCUCUGAAAGAGCUGGAUCUGAGCUAUAACCAUCCUGAAGAAUCAGGGUUGAGGUUGUUAUCUGCUAGACUGGAAGAGAGUCAUCACAAACUCAACAGACUCCAUGUUGACUACUGUGCAGAAGGCAGAAUCCGACCAGGUUUGCUCAAAUAUGCCUGUGAACUCACACUGGACCCAAACACAGCAAACAGAUAUCUCUCUCUGUCUGAAGGGGAUAGAAAGGUGACACGCGUGAGGGAGGAGCAACCGUAUCCUGAUCAUUCAGAGAGAAUUGACUACUGGUAUCAGGUGUUGUGUAAAGAUACCCUGUCCGGACGCUGCUACUGGGAGGUUGAGUGGCAUGGACAGAAAGCUCACAUGGGAGUUGCGUACAAAAGUAUUGAUAGGAAAGACAGGAGUGGUGACUGCAAACUCGGAUGUAAUGAGAAGUCCUGGAGUCUGGUCUGUUCUGGUGGUAAUUACUUUGUCAGGCACAAAAAUAAGCUUACUGCCACACCUGGCCCUUCCUCUUCCAGAGUCGGACUGUACCUGGACUGGCCAGCUGGUACCCUUUCCUUCUACAGUGUCUCGCCUGACGCAGUCACCCACCUGUACACAUUCCACAACAAAUUCACAGAGCCCAUCUGUCCAGGAUUUAAACUGUGGUAUCCUGACUCGUCAGUGUCUUUGUGCUUGAUCACAUGAAUCCCAUAGGACCCAUAUGGGCAAGAGCCAUAGUCAAACUCCACAGUGUUACUGUCAUAGGCAAACGCCACAGUGUUACUGUCAUAGUCAAACUCCACAGUGUUACUGUCAUAGUAAAACUCCAGAGUGUUACUGCCAUAGUCCAACUCCACAGUGUUACUGUCAUAGUAAAACUCCACAGUGUUACUGUCAUAGUAAAACUCCACAGUGUUACUGUCAUAGUCAAACUCCAUAGUGUUACUGUCAUAGCCAAACUCCACAGUGUUAUUGUCAUAGUCAAACUCCACAGUGUUACUGUCAUAGUCAAACUAAUGCUUUUAGAUGUAUAUAAAAAUAUAUAUAUCUCAUUGUGUAUUAUUAUAUUGUAUCAUUACAUUAUAUCACAUAGUGUCGUAUCAUAUUUUAUUUUAUAAAGUCUGUAUUAUUAUUUUUUGUUGUACAGGAUAAACAUCAAUAUUCUUUUUUGCGGACCAUUAAGUUACAAAGGACUGUUUUUUGUAUUUAUCCAUCUCUGUCACUUUGAAACAUACACACACACACACACACACACACACACACACACACACAACCUGCAAGUUAACUUCACAUUGCAGCGGGUUUAUCAUACUGCAUCCAAGCAAGUCAGUGUGGCCUUCUAAAUACAUUUUGCCCGUUGAAUUGGAUUAUUUAUCCUGACUUUUGUGUUGUAUUUCUAUAAUCCACCCCUUUUAUUCUCUCUACCCGGCCGGCUUCAAGCAGAUGGGCCCCUUAUGUGCUGCGGAUUUCCUUAAGGUUUCUUCCUGAUUAACAAGGAGUUUUUCCUUGCUCCUGUCGCCAUUGUGCUUACUCUAAGGGGGUUCAGGUCCUGGGAUUUGUAAAGCGCCUUGAGACAAUUUUAUUGUUUUGCCACUAUAUAAAUAAAAUUGAAUUGAAUUAGAUUAUUUAUCCUGAUUUUUCUAUGUAUUUCUUCUGUAUUUCUAUAAUCCCUUGCAUCUAAACUCGUAUAGCAGAAGGGAGGUUCAACAUGUGGAUUUGAAUAAAUUAUAACUGAUUAUAACUAUUAUAAAAAUUAUAAUUAUCACAGUAUUUCGCAGUCCAGGGACUUCAGAUGGAAGUUGGAGACCUGUCAGCAUAGGCACUUUCGAGAAGAUAUGUCUCUUUCUAGUUUUAGACAGCCCAUUUACCUGGAUUUAAAUGAAGGGGAUUCUGUCUGUGAAAAUACUAUGAGUUUAUUUAAUUACAAUUCUACUGGACUGAACUGACUUAUAUGAUCUACAGUUAUGACGUGGAUGGAGAAACAGGUCAAUGAUAGGGAAAUGAAACUGCCAAGUCAAUUCAGCUCCUUGAUCCUUAAAUCAAAAUAUUUAAUUGUUGACUAUAGUCUUAUGUGGUGUGGUUCUCACUCCAAGCGACAGUAUGCAGGAAUGUGUGACUUUUGGAGCAUGUGUUUGUGGGCAACUAGUCAUCUUCUAAUUCAUUUUGAUGGCAUGUGGUCAUGUGAAGGACGGGUAAACACACCUGUGGUUCCCACCAGCCAUCCGCGCUAUGCACUGCAUAGUUUUGCGGUCCAGGACAGACCACCCCACAGAAAUGUAAGAAAAGAUUUCACAGCAUGAUGACAGUUAGCACGCUUCUGUCAGCGCUGUUGGAGUUUGCAUACCUUUUA